AUGGAAAUCCAGGUAACUCACGGACUGAGAGCGUAUGAUGGCUUGUCUCUGCCUGAGGACGCAGAGACGGUUACAGUGGGCCGGGCUGGCUGGAGCUAUUCAGAUCUUUCUGAUGACGAGGACUUGCUGGCUGAUGAUGCCUCUGGAGACAGCCUGGGCAGCGGGGACGUGGGCAGCGGGGACUUCCAGAUGGUUUAUUUCCGGGCCCUGGUAAAUUUCACUCACUCCAUCGACUACAGCCCUCGGCUGGAGGACGCAAGCUCUGAGGCGUUCCGAGAGGUGUCUGAGGCUGUAGUAGACACGCUGGAGUCAGAGUACUUGAAGAUUCCAGGAGAUCAGGUUGUCAGUGUGGUCUUCAUCAAGCAGCUGGAUGGCUGGGUCUUCGUGGAGCUGGAUGUGGGCUCCGAAGGGAAUGCGGACGGGGCUCAGAUUCAGGAGGUGCUGCACACAGUCAUCUCCAGCGGCUCCAUAGCCUCCUAUAUCACCUCUCCCCAGGGAUUUCAGUUCCGACGCCUGGGCACAGCACAGACACCCCCGUCCCCUCUGGGCACUGUGGUGGCCACAGUGACACCAGUGCCCCAGUUCUCAAGGGUCUGCACCGAGGCCGAGUUUGCCUGCCACAGUCACAAUGAGUGCGUGGCCCUGGAGUAUCGCUGUGACCGGAGGCCUGACUGCAGGGACAUGUCUGAUGAGCUCAAUUGUGAGGAGCCAGUCCCAGAGCUCAGCUCCAUGCCACCCCCGCUGGUGGAGACAUCACCUUUACUGCCCCGGCUGGAGACAAUCACCACGGAGCGGUUUGCAGUCACUCUCGCUCCCCAGCCUCUGCUUCCCGGCGCCGGCAGGCCUGUUCCCUGUGGGCCUCACGAGGCUGCAUGCCACAGUGGGCACUGCAUUCCCAGAGACUAUGUCUGUGAUGGGCAGGACGACUGCAAGGACGGCAGUGAUGAGCUGGAUUGUGGCCCCACCCCGCCCUGUGAGCCCAACGAGUUCCCCUGUGGGAAUGGACACUGUGCCCUCAAGCUGUGGCACUGCGAUGGCGACUUUGACUGUGAGGACCGCACUGAUGAGGCCAACUGCCCUGCCAAGCGCCCCGAGGACGUGUGUGGGCCCACACAGUUCCGCUGCGUCUCCACAAACACCUGCAUCCCAGCCAGCUUCCACUGUGAUGAGGAGAGCGACUGUCCUGACCGCAGUGAUGAGUUUGGCUGCAUGCCCCCCCAGGUCGUGACCCCACCCCAAGAGGUGAUCCAGGCUUCCCGGGGCCAGACAGUGACCUUCACCUGUGUGGCCAUUGGCGUCCCCACCCCCAUCAUCAACUGGAGGCUCAAUUGGGGCCACAUCCCCUCUCAUCCCAGGGUGACAGUGACCAGUGAGGGAGGCCGUGGCACGCUGACCAUUCGUGACAUGAAGGAAGCAGACCAGGGUGCUUACACCUGUGAGGCCAUGAAUGCCCGAGGCAUGGUGUUCGGCAUUCCUGAUGGUGUCCUGGAGCUUAUUCCACAGCGAGGGCCCUGUCCCGAUGGCCAUUUCUACCUGGAGCACAGCGCCGCCUGCCUGUCCUGCUUCUGCUUUGGUGUCACCAGCGUGUGCCAGAGCAGCCACCGCUUCCGGGAGCAGAUCCGGCUGCGCUUUGACCAGCCCAAUGACUUCAAGGGUGUCAAUGUGACGAUGCCUGCGCAGCCAGGCAUGCCACCCCUGUCCUCCACCCAGCUGCAGAUUGACACUGCGCUGCAGGAGUUUCAGCUGGUCGACCUGUCCCGACGUUUCCUGGUCCAUGACUCUUUCUGGGCUCUGCCUGAGCAAUUCCUGGGCAACAAGGUGGAUUCCUACGGAGGGUCCCUGCACUACAAGGUGCGCUAUGAGCUGUCACGGGGCACACUGGAGCCAGUGCAGCGGCCGGAUGUGGUCCUCGUAGGCGCCGGAUAUCGCCUUCUCUCCCGGGGCCACACGCCCACCCAGCCCAGCACUGUGAACCAGCGCCAGGUCCAGUUCUCUGAGGAGCACUGGGUCCAUGAGUCUGGCCAGCCAGUGCAGCGGGCAGACAUGCUACAGGUGCUGCAGAGCCUGGAGGCCGUGCUCAUCCAGACAGUGUACAAUGCCAAGAUGGCCAACGUGGGGCUGAGCGACAUCGCCAUGGAUACCACUGUCACCUACGCCACCAGCCACGGCCGUGCCCACAGUGUGGAGGAGUGCAGGUGCCCCAUCGGCUAUUCUGGUUUGUCCUGCGAGAGCUGUGAUGCCCACUUCACCCGGGUGCCUGGUGGGCCUUACCUGGGCACCUGCUCUGGCUGCAACUGCAAUGGCCACGCCAGCUCCUGUGACCCUGUGUAUGGCCACUGCCUGAAUUGCCAGCACAACACGGAGGGGCCACAGUGCAACAAAUGCAAGUCUGGCUUCUUUGGGGACGCCACAAAGGCCACAGCCACUGCCUGCCGGCCCUGCCCUUGCCCAUACAUCGAUGCCUCCCGCAGAUUCUCAGAUACCUGUUUCCUGGACACAGAUGGCCAAGCCACAUGUGAUGCAUGUGCCCCAGGCUACACGGGCCGCCGCUGUGAGAGCUGUGCCCCUGGCUUUGAGGGCAACCCCAUCCAGCCGGGUGGGAAGUGCAGACCUACCAACCAGGAGAUUGUACGCUGUGAUGAGCGAGGCAGCACAGGGAGCCCUGGGGAGGUCUGCCACUGUAAGAACAACGUGGUAGGGCGCCUGUGCAAUGAGUGUGUCGCCGGCUCUUUCCACCUGAGUGCCCGCAACCCCGACGGCUGCCUCAAGUGCUUCUGCAUGGGUGUCAGUCGCCAGUGUACCAGCUCCUCCUGGAGCCGCGCCCAGGUGCUUGGGGCCUCCGAGGAGCCCACUCAGUUCAGCCUGACCAACGCCGCAGGCACCCACACCACCAGCCAGGGCAUCUCCUCGCCCACGCCCGGGGAACUGGUCUUCUCCGCCUUCCACAGCCUUCUGCCUGGAGCCUACUUCUGGAGCCUCCCUUCACGCUUCCGAGGGGACAAGGUGACCUCCUAUGGAGGAGAGCUGCGCUUCACGGUGACGCAGCGGCCCCAGCCUGGCUCCACGCCCCUGCACGGGCAGCCAUUGGUGGUCCUGCAGGGCAAUGGCAUCGUCUUGGAACAUCGCACCUCCCAGGAGCCUAGCCCCAGCCAACCCAGCACCUUCACCGUGCCCUUCCGGGAGCAAGCAUGGCAGCGGCCUGACGGGCAGCCGGCCACUCGGGAGCAUCUGCUGAUGGCACUGGCGGACAUCGACACCAUCCUGAUCCAGGCGUCCUACACCCAGCAGCCAGCCGAGAGCAGGGUGUCUGGCAUCAGCAUGGAUGUGGCUGUGCCUGAGGACACUGGCCAGGACCCUGCACUGGAAGUGGAACACUGUACCUGCCCACCUGGGUACCGUGGCCCAUCCUGCCAGGACUGUGACACAGGCUACACACGCAUGCCCAGUGGCCUCUACUUGGGCACCUGCGAACGCUGCAGCUGCCAUGGCCAUACAGAGGCCUGUGAACCCGAAACAGGUGCCUGCCAGGGCUGCCAUCACCACACAGAGGGCCCUCGGUGCGAGCAAUGUCAGCCGGGAUACUACGGGGACGCCCAGAGGGGGACACCUCAGGACUGCCAGCCAUGCCCAUGCUAUGGAGCCCCUACCACUGGCCAGGCCCUCCACACUUGCUUUCUGGACACAGAUGGCCGUGCCACCUGUGAUGCCUGCUCCCCAGGCCACAGCGGGCGUCACUGUGAGAGGUGUGCCCCAGGUUACUACGGCAACCCCAGCCAGGGCCAGCCAUGCCGAAGAGACGGCCAGUUGCCAGAGCCGAUCGGCUGUGGCUGCGACCCCCAGGGCAGCGUCAGCAGCCAAUGUGACACAGCUGGUCAAUGUCAGUGCAAGGCCCAGGUAGAAGGCCUCACUUGCAGCAACUGCCAGCCCCACCACUUCCACCUGAGCGCCAACAACCCCGAAGGCUGCCUGCCCUGCUUCUGCAUGGGUAUCACCCAGCAGUGCGCCAGCUCCUCCUACACCCGCCACCUGAUAUCCACCCACUUUGCCCCUGGGGACUUCCAAGGCUUUGCCCUGGUGAACCCACAGCGGAACAGCCGUCUGACAGGAGGCUUCACCAUGGAACCCGUGCCCCAGGGGGCCCAGCUCUCUUUUGGCAACUUUGCCCACCUUGGCCAUGAGUCCUUCUACUGGCAGCUGCCGGAAACUUACCAAGGAGACAAGCAGGAGGCCUAUUUUACACGGAUGCGCCGGGCUCACCAGAACCGCACGUCCCUCUCAGAGGAGCAGUUGCGGGCAGCUGUGACAGCUAGAAGGAUCCUGGGGCCCCCAGAGAGCAGGAGCCGGGCACAGCGGCUAUCACAGGUGGAUGAGGCCCAGAGGCGGAUAGAUGCUGAGAUCUGGCAGCUGCUCUCCAGCUUUGCUGCCCACUCCCACCCCCCUCCGCAGGGGCUGUUGCCCCGCAGCCAGCCUGCAGCCGCUCUGACGGCAGACCCACAUGCCUCCUCCUCCUCCCCCGUCUCCUCCCCCUCUGCUUCUCUGUCUUCCUCUGCACACUCCCAGUUCUCUCUCUCCUAUGAAGGCUUCUCUCUGCUUCCCGAAAGCCUCUAUUAUUGGCAGCUGCCCCCAGCCUUCCUGGGGAACAAGGUUGCGGCUUAUGGUGGGAAGCUGCGAUAUACCCUCUCCUACACGGCAGGGGCACAGAGCAGCCCACUCUCCGACCCUGAUGUCCAGAUCACGGGCAACAACAUCAUGCUAGUGGCCUCCCAGCCGGUGCUUCAGGGCUCUGAGAGGAGGAGCUACCAGAUUGUUUUCCGAGAGGAAUUCUGGCGCCGACCUGAUGGGCAGCCGGCUACACGUGAGCACCUCCUGAUGGCACUGGCUGACCUGGAUGAGCUCUUGGUCCGGGCCACAUUCUCCUCGAUGCCACUGGCAGCCAGCAUCAGUGCGGUCAGCCUGGAGGUUGCCCAGCCAGGGCCCUCAGAGGGGCCACGGGCCCUUGAGGUGGAGGAAUGCCGCUGCCCCCCAGGCUAUGUCGGCUUGUCCUGCCAGGACUGUGCCCCCGGCUACACGCGCACUGGGAGUGGGCUCUACCUUGGCCACUGUGAGCUGUGUGAAUGCAACGGCCACUCAGACCUGUGCCACCCAGAGACUGGAGCCUGCUCGCAAUGCCAACACAACGCCGCUGGGGAGUUCUGUGAGCUGUGUGCGCCUGGCUACUAUGGAGAUGCCACAGCUGGGACACCUGAGGACUGCCAGCCGUGUGCCUGCCCACUGACCAACCCAGAGAACAUGUUCUCCCGCACCUGCGAGAGCCUGGGAGCUGGUGGGUACCGCUGCACGGCCUGCGAACCCGGCUACACCGGCCAAUACUGUGAGCAAUGUGCCCCCGGUUAUGUGGGUAACCCCAAUGUGCAGAGGGGCCGGUGCCUGCUGCAGGCAGCCAAAGCCCCACUGGUGGUCCAGGUGCAACCAGCUCGGAGCAUAGUACCCCAGGGUGGCCCCCACUCCCUGCGGUGUCAGGUCAGUGGGAGCCCACCCCACUACUUCUACUGGUCUCGUGAGGAUGGACGGCCUCUGCCCAGCAGCACCCAUCAGCGACAUCAAGGCUCCGAGCUGCACUUCCCCAGUGUCCAACCCUCAGAUGCAGGAGUCUACAUUUGCACCUGUCGUAAUCUCCAUCAUGCCAAUUCCAGCCGGGCAGAGCUGCUUGUCACUGAGGCUCCAAGCAAGCCCAUCACAGUGACAGUGGAGGAACAGCGAAGCCAGAGCGUGCGCCCUGGGGCCGAUGUCACCUUCAUCUGCACAGCCAAGAGCAAGUCUCCUGCCUAUACUCUGGUGUGGACCCGCCUGCACAAUGGGAAACUGCCAGCCAGCGCCAUGGACUUCAAUGGCAUCCUGACUAUUCGCAAUGUACAGCCAAGUGAUGCAGGCACCUAUGUGUGCACCGGCUCCAACAUGUUCGCUAUGGACCAGGGCACAGCCACUCUGCACGUGCAAGCCUCUGCCGCUCCAGCCGCCCCCAUGGUCUCCAUCCACCCGCCGCAGCUAACAGUGCAGCCUGGGCAGUUGGCCGAGUUCCGCUGUAGCGCCACGGGGAACCCCCCGCCCACCCUCGAGUGGACAGGGGGCCCCGGUGGCCAGCUCCCUCAGAAGGCACAAAUCCACGGCGGCAUCCUCCGCCUGCCCGCUGUCCAGCUCUCGGAUCAAGCCCAGUACCUGUGCCGUGCCCACAGCAGCGCCGGGCAGCAUGUCGCUAGGGCUGUGCUCCAUGUGCACGGGGGCAGCGGGCCCAGGGUCCAGGUGAGUCCAGAGAGGACCCAGGUGCACGAAGGCCGAACCGUCAGGCUGUACUGCAGGGCUGCAGGUGUGCCCAGCGCCACCAUCAGCUGGAGGAAGGAAGGGGGCAGCCUCCCUCCGCAGGCCCGGUCUGAGCGCACAGACAUCGCCACACUGCUCAUCCCAGCCAUCACAACUGCUGACGCUGGCUUCUACCUCUGCGUGGCCACCAGCCCUGCAGGCACUGCCCAGGCCCGGAUCCAAGUGGUUGUCCUUCCAGCCUCAGGUGCCAGCUCCCCACCAGUCAGGAUUGAGUCCUCAUCACCUUCUGUGGCUGAAGGGCAGACACUGGAUCUCAACUGUGUGGUGGCCGGGUCGGCCCAGGCCCAGGUCACGUGGUAUAAGCGAGGGGGCAGCCUGCCUCCUCACUCCCAGGUGCAUGGCUCCCGGCUGCGGCUCCCCCAGGUCUCACCAGCUGAUUCUGGAGAAUACGUGUGCCGAGUGCAGAAUGAGUCUGGCCCCAAGGAGGCCUCCAUCGUCGUCUCUGUCCUUCACAGCCCCGAUUCAGGCCCCAGCUACUACACCCCAGCUCCUGGUGGAGCCCCAGCUCCAGGCAGCUCCCAGCGCAUCCGCAUUGAGCCUUCAUCCUCACAUGUGGCUGAAGGGCAGACCCUGGAUCUGAACUGCGUGGUACCUGGGCAGGCCCACGCCCAGGUCACAUGGCACAGGCGUGGGGGCAGCCUCCCUGCCCAGCACCAGACCCAUGGCUCACUGCUGCGACUGCACCAAGUGUCCCCAGCUGACUCAGGCGAGUACGUGUGCCGUGUAGUCCUUGACUCUGGGCCCCUGGAGACCUCAGUUCUGGUCACCAUCAAGACCUCUGGCUCCAGUGCUGACUCCAUACCUGCCCCAGGACCCAUCCCACCUGUCAGGAUCGAAACCUCAUCCCCCACAGUGGCCGAGGGGCAGACCCUGGAUCUGAGCUGUGUGGUGGCAGGGCAGGCCCAUGCCCAGGUCACGUGGUACAAGCGUGGAGGCAGCCUCCCCACCCGGCACCAGGUCCGUGGCUCCCGCCUGUACAUCUUCCAGGCCUCACCAGCUGAUGCAGGCGAGUACGUUUGCCGGGCCAGCAAUGGUGUGGAGGCCUCCAUCACAGUUAAAGUAACCAGGACCCAGGGGGCCAACUUCGCCUACCCUCCUGGUGGCACCCAGCCCAUCCGCAUUGAAUCCUCCUCCUCCCACGUGGCCGAAGGGCAGACCCUGGAUCUGAACUGCGUGGUGCCCGGGCAGGCCCAUGCCCAGGUCACAUGGCAUAAGCGCGGGGGCAGCCUUCCCGUCCGGCACCAGACCCAUGGCUCACUGCUGAGACUAUACCAAGUGUCCCCAGUCGACUCGGGUGAAUAUGUGUGCCGCGUGGUGGGUGGUUCGGUGCCCCUGGAAGCCUCUGUCCUGGUCACCAUAGAGCCUGCAGGCUCUGUGCCUGCACUGGGUGUCACACCCCCAGUCCGGAUUGAGUCAUCGUCCUCCCAUGUGGCUGAGGGGCAGACCCUGGAUCUGAACUGCCUGGUUGCUGGGCAGGCCCAUGCUCAGAUCACAUGGCACAGGCGCGGGGGCAGCCUCCCGGCUCAGCACCAGGUGCAUGGCUCAAGGCUGCGGUUGCCCCAUGUGACUCCCGCCGACUCUGGGGAGUAUGUGUGCCGUGUGGUCAGUGGCUCGGGCACCCAGGAAGCCUCAGUCCUCAUCACGAUCCAGCAGCGCCACGGUCCUCACACCCAGGGCGUGGUGUACCCUGUCCGCAUCGAGUCCUCCUCAGCCUCCCUGGCCAAUGGACAUACUCUGGAUCUCAACUGCUUAGUGGCCAGCCAAACCCCCCACACCAUCACCUGGUAUAAGCGUGGAGGCAGCCUACCCAGCCGACACCAGAUCGUGGGCUCCCGGCUGCGGAUCCCCCAGGUGACACCAGCAGACUCUGGCGAGUACGUGUGUCAUGUCAGUAACGGUGCUGGCUCCCAGGAGACCUCGCUCAUUGUCACCAUCCAGGGCAGCAGCUCCUCCCACGUGUCCAGCGUGUCUCUACCAAUCAGGAUUGAGUCCUCGUCACCCACAGUGGUUGAAGGGCAGACCUUGGAUCUGAACUGCAUAGUCGCUGGGCAGCCCCAGGCCACCAUCACGUGGUACAAGCGUGGGGGCAGCCUUCCCACCCGACACCAGGCCCACGGCUCCCGCCUGCGGCUGCACCAGAUGUCCAUGGCAGACUCUGGAGAGUAUGUUUGCCGGGCCAACAAUAACAUUGAUGCCCAGGAGGCCUCCAUCAUGGUCUCGGUCUCCCCCCAUGCUGACAGCCCUUCUGUGCCUGGCGGUGCUGUGCCCAUCAGAAUUGAAUCAUCAUCUUCACAUGUGGCUGAAGGGCAGACGCUGGAUCUGAACUGUGUGGUCCCUGGACAGGCCCACGCCCAGGUCACAUGGCAUAAGCAUGGGGGCAGCCUGCCCACUCACCACCAGGUCCACGGCUCAAGGCUGCGGCUGCACCAGGUGUCCCCAGCUGACUCAGGCGAGUACGUGUGCCGCAUAGUGAGCAGCUCUGGCCCCCUGGAGGCCUCAGUCCUGGUCACCAUCGAGGCCUCUGGCUCUAGUGCUGUUCCUGUCCCAGCCGUACCCAUCCGCAUUGAGACCUCUUCCUCCCACGUGGCCGAAGGGCAGACCCUGGAUCUGAACUGCGUGGUGCCUGGACAGGCUCAUGCCCAGAUCACGUGGCACAGGCGUGGGGGCAGCCUCCCUGCCCGGCACCAGGUCCACGGGCCCCUGCUGAGGCUGAACCAGGUGUCACCGGCUGACUCUGGCGAGUACUCAUGCCACGUGACUGGCAGCACAGGCACCCUGGAGGCUUCUGUCAUGGUCACAGUUGAGGCUUCCAGCCCAGGCCCCAUUCCUGCCCCAGGACUGGUGCAACCCAUCUACAUCGAGGCCUCCUCCUCCCAUGUGGCUGAAGGACAGACCCUAGAUCUGAACUGUGUGGUACCUGGGCAGGCCCAUGCCCAGGUCACGUGGCACAAGCAUGGGGGCAGCCUCCCUGCCCGGCACCAGACCCAUGGCUCCCGGCUGCGGCUCCACCAGGUGUCGCCUGCUGACUCGGGCAAGUAUGUGUGCCGUGUGGCUGGCGGCGCAGGUCCUGAGCAGGAGGCCUCCUUCAUGGUCACUGUCCCACCCAGUGCAGGGUCCUCGUACCGACUUAGGAGCCCUGUCAUCUCCAUCGACCCUCCCAGCAGCACCGUGCAGCAGGGCCAGGAUGCCAGCUUUAAGUGCCUCAUCCAUGACGGGGCAGCCCCCAUCAGCCUUGAGUGGAAGACUCGGCACCAAGAGCUGGAGGACAAUGUCCACAUCAGUCCCAAUGGCUCCAUCAUCACCAUCGUGGGCACCCGGCCCAGCAACCAUGGUGCCUACCGCUGCGUGGCCUCCAAUGCCUACGGUGUGGCCCAGAGUGUCGUGACCCUCAAUGUGCACGGGCCCCCUACGGUGUCUGUGCUCCCGGAGGGCCCUGUGAGGGUGCCAGUGGGAAAGGCCAUCACCCUGGAGUGUGUGAGUGCUGGGGAGCCACGCUCCUCUGCUCGCUGGACCCGGAUCGGCACUCCCACCAACUUGGAACAGCAGAUGUUUGGGCUCGUGGACAGCCACACGGUGCUGCAGAUUUCAUCAGCUAAACCAUCAGAUGCAGGCACCUAUGUAUGCCUGGCUCAGAAUGCUCUGGGCACAGCACAGAAGCGGGUGGAGGUGAUUGUGGACACAGGCAUCGUAGCCCCAGGGUUCCCCCAAGUCCAGGUUGGAGAAGUCGAGCUGACUGUGGAAGCUGGACACACGGCCACCCUGCACUGCUCAGCUACAGGCAGCCCCACCCCCGUCAUCCACUGGUCCAAGCUGCGCUCCCCGCUGCCCUGGCAGCACCGGCUGGAAGGUGACACGCUGAUCAUCCCCCGGGUAGCCCAGCAGGACUCAGGCCAGUACAUCUGCAACGCCACUAGCCCUGUCGGGCAUGCCGAGGCCACCAUCGCCCUGCACGUAGAGAGCCCACCGUAUGCCACCACAGUCCCGGAGCACGCGGCAGUGCAGGCAGGGGAGACCGUGCAGCUCCAGUGCCUGGCACAUGGGACACCCCCGCUCACCUACCAGUGGAGCCGCAUGGGUGGCAGCCUCCCCGGGAGGGUCACCACCAGGAAUGAGAUACUGCGCUUUGAGCCCGCAGCCCCUGAGGACUCAGGCCGCUACCGCUGCAGGGUCACCAACAAGGUGGGCUCAGCGGAGGCCUUUGCCCAGGUGCAUGUCCAAGGACCCUCCAGCUCUGUCCCCGACACCGUCCCAGCAGGAUCCACACCCACUGUUCAGGUCACGCCUCAGCUAGAGACCAAGAGCAUAGGGGCCAGCGUUGAGUUCCACUGUGCCGUGCCCAGCGACCGGGGCACCCAGUUCCGCUGGGUCAAGGAAGGGGGUGAGCUGCCUCCCGGCCACAGCGUGCAGGAUGGUGUGCUCCGAAUCCAGAACUUAGACCAAAGCUGCCAAGGGACAUAUGUUUGUCAGGCCCAUGGACCGUGGGGACAGGCCCAGGCCAGUGCCCAGCUGGUUGUCCAAGCCCUGCCCUCCGUGCUCAUCAACAUCCGGACCUCCGUGCAGACCGUGGUGGUCGGCCAUGCUGUGGAGUUCGAGUGCGUGGCCCUGGGUGACCCCAAGCCUCAGGUGACUUGGAGCAAAGUGGGAGGGCGCCUGCGUCCUGGCAUCGUGCAGAGCGGAGGCAUUGUCAGGAUCGCCCACGUGGAGCUGGCUGAUGCCGGGCAGUACCGCUGCACGGCCACCAAUCCUGCCGGCACCACCCAGUCACAUGUGUUGCUGCUCGUACAAGCCCUACCUCAGAUCUCAACGCCCCCAGAGGUCCGAGUGCCCGCUGGUUCUGAAGCUGUCUUCCCCUGUAUGGCCUCUGGCUACCCCACUCCUGACAUCACGUGGAGCAAGCUGGAUGGGAACCUGCCACCCGACAGCCGCCUGGAGAGCCACAAGCUGCUGCUGCCCUCGGUCCGACCCCAGGACGCAGGCACCUACGUCUGCACUGCCACUAAUCGGCAGGGCAAAGUCAAAGCCUUUGCCCACCUGCAGGUGCCAGAGCGGGUAGUGCCCUACUUCACGCAGACCCCCCACUCCUUCCUGCCCCUGCCUACCAUCAAGGAUGCCUACAGGAAGUUUGAGAUCAAGAUCACCUUCCGGCCUGACUCAGCCGACGGCCUCCUCCUCUACUCGGGGAUGCUGCUGUACAAUGGGCAGAAGCAGAUGCCAGGGAGCCCCACCAGCCUGGCCAACAGGCAGCCUGACUUCAUCUCCUUCGGCCUCGUGGGUGGAAGGCCUGAAUUCCGGUUUGACGCAGGCUCAGGCAUGGCCACCAUCCGCCACCCCACACCACUGGCGCUGGGCCAGUUCCACACCGUGACCCUGCUGCGCAGCCUCACCCAGGGCUCCCUGAUUGUGGGCAGCCUGGCCCCUGUCAAUGGAACCUCCCAGGGCAAGUUCCAGGGCCUGGACCUGAACGAGGAGCUCUACCUGGGCGGCUACCCUGACUAUGGUGCCAUCCCCAAGGCCGGGCUGAGCAACGGCUUUGUGGGCUGUGUCCGGGAACUGCGCAUCCAGGGCGAGGAAAUCAUCUUCCAUGACCUCAACCUGACAGUGCAUGGCAUCUCCCACUGCCCCACCUGUCGGGACCGGCCCUGCCAGAACGGGGGCCAGUGCCAGGACUCAGAGAGCAGCAGCUAUGUGUGCAUCUGCCUGGCUGGCUUCACCGGGAGCCGCUGUGAGCACUCGCAGGCCCUGCACUGCCACCCAGAGGCCUGUGGGCCUGAUGCCACCUGUGUGAACCGGCCUGAUGGCCGAGGCUACACCUGCCGCUGUCACCUGGGCCGCUCAGGAGUGAGAUGUGAGGAAGGUGUGACAGUGACCACCCCCUUCAUGUCGGGCACUGGUUCCUACCUGGCACUGCCCGCCCUUACCAACACACACCAUGAGCUACGCCUGGACAUUGAGUUUAAGCCUUUGGCGCCCGACGGAAUCCUGCUGUUCAGCGGAGGGAAGAGUGGGCCUGUGGAGGACUUUGUGUCUCUGGCAAUGAUUGGCGGCCACCUGGAGUUCCGCUACGAGUUGGGGUCAGGGCUGGCCGUUCUGCGGAGCCCCGAGCCGCUCGCCCUGGGCCACUGGCACCGCGUGUCUGCAGAGCGUCUUAAUAAGGAUGGCAGCCUGCGGGUGAACGGCAGACGCCCCGUGCUACGCUCCUCACCGGGCAAGAGCCAGGGCCUCAACCUGCACACCCUCCUCUACCUCGGGGGUGUGGAGCCCGCAGUGCCACUGCCACCAGCCACCAACAUUAGCGCCCACUUCCACGGCUGCGUGGGUGAGGUGUCAGUGAAUGGAAAGCGGCUGGACCUCACCUACAGCUUCCUGGGCAGCCGAGACAUUGGGCAAUGCUACGACAGCUCCCCGUGUGAGCGCCAGCCCUGCCAGAACGGUGCCACAUGCAUGCCUGCUGGCGAGUAUGAGGUCCAGUGCCUGUGUCAGGAUGGCUUCAAAGGAGACCUCUGCGAGCAUGCGGAAAACCCCUGCCAGCUCCAGGAGCCCUGUCUGCAUGGGGGCACCUGCCAGGGUACCCACUGCCUCUGUCCCCCUGGCUUCUCUGGCCCACGCUGCCAGCAAGGCUCUGGACGGGGCACAGCAGAGUCCGACUGGCAUCUCGAAGGCAGUGGGGGCAACGGUACGUAUUUGUUGUGGCAAAUCCGAGAAGCUGAGCAGGACAGCCUCCUCUUGCCCCAGGUCUCUUGGCCUCCUCUUCCAGCUACCCUGCCCCCUCUGCUGGAGCCUCUAAACCAAAGAAGCCCAUGGGAGAGGCUCACUGGACAGAGAGAGACGGAAUGAAGAAGAGCACAGCCACACAGCUGGGUCCUGUCCUAUACCUGCUGGCAGGCUGACCUUGGGCAGGCCCUUGAUCCCCUCUGACCUCAGCUUCCUCCCCUAUAUUCAUGCAUUCAUCAACAAACAUCCACUGGGUGCCCAUCCUUGCCAUAGGAGCAGUAAAUACAAGAAGAGUAAGGCAGAACCCUCAUUCUCACGGAUUCCACCGUCUAUUUAAAAACAAUGAUAAUAAUUUUCAAAAUUAAUGUUUAUUGAACAUUUACAGGCACAGUGCUAACUGCUUUAUAGAUAUGUAUCUUCUUGUAUAUCAGUAAUAAAAAGGAGAGGUAAUGGAAUAUAGUAGGCAAGAACAUGUGCUGCCUGGGUUCAAAUCCUAGCCCUGCAACUUAACAGUUGUGUGACUUUUGGUGAGUCACUUAACCUCUCUGUGCCUCAGGUUCCUCCUAUAUAAAAUGGAGAAAAGUAAUAUCCUCCUUUAAGGCUUUGGAUAAAGUUUUUCAUGAGUAAAAUUAUUUAAUAUAUUUUAAAUGUUUA